GUGCGGAUGCUGCUUCUACGUCAGCGCGUCGGAGUCCUCUUACUUUUUUGGGAGAUUGGUGGCUGCUAAACUAAAAUACGGAGGAACAAGAGGGGGUUUGAAUGUUGGUGGGCCUCGCCGCUCCUCCUCCACCUCUUCGUAGACGCCGACAAGAGUCCAUCGCCCGGACGGCCAGUGACCGCGGUCGGUGCCGAGCCAGCGAAGCGGGAGCCAUGCCUGUCCCCGCCGGAUACCUCAGCGAGUCCCCCGCCGCGGCCUUCGCAUCCUCGGCCUCGCUUAUCCCGCCGCCGCCGAUAAACACGCAGCAGCCCGGUGUCGUCACCUCGCUGCUGUACAGCGGCUCCAAGUUCAGGGGCCACCAGAAGAGCAAAGGGAACUCGUACGACGUGGAGGUCGUGUUGCAGCAUGUCACCAUGGAGGAUUCCUACCUGUGUGGCUACCUGAAGAUAAAGGGACUGACUGAGGAAUACCCAACUCUGACCACGUUCUUCGCUGGAGAGAUCAUCAGCAGGAAGCGGCCGUUUCUCACUCGGAAGUGGGACGCAGAUGAAGAUGUGGAUCGUAAGCACUGGGGCAAGUUCCAGGCCUUCUACCAGUAUGCAAAGACGUUCAACUCUGACGAUUUCGACUACGAGGAUCUGAAGAACUCUGACUUCAUUUUCAUGAGGUGGAAGGAGCAGUUCCUGGUCCCAGACCAUACAAUCAAAGACAUCAGCGGCGCGUCCUUUGCUGGAUUCUACUACAUUUGCUUCCAGAAAUCCACAGCAACGAUUGAGGGCUACUACUACCACAGGAGCUCUGAAUGGUACCAGUCUCUAAACCUCACACAUGUUCCUGAGCACAGCGCAGCCAUCUACGAGUUCCGGUGACCCCGGCCGGCAUUGUGGAUCCUUAAUUUUUGUUUAUUCGUUUUGUUUUGUGUUUUUUUUUUUUUUUUGUGGGAUGGACUAAGACUCGAGGCAAAGCCAAGUUCUGCAAAUGCUACUGAGGAGGAAAAGCAGAACAACUGAGGAUGAGAAAGAAGUUGGGCUUUGGCAAAGUGCUCGCAUGUUCUCAAACAGCGGACGGACAGCUGAUCUAUCGGUGAAGGGACAGCACAAAUGAAUGUAUGCAUGGAUGAGACGAGACGGAGGAGCAGUCGUGCUCCCUGGCCGGAGCUUGUGAAGUUCGAACCAACAGCAGAGACUGGGUGUGGGUCAUAUCGUGAACCAUUUGUUUUUAAUGUCUGGUUUUAAAAAGACGCUUUGAAAGCUAUCUCGAUGGUUUUGCAACACGAAACGUUUUCAGCAUUCGUCCAGCAGAUGCAGAAUGAUCAACAUGAACACGUUUGACUGCCGUCGGACAAGGAUUCCUCCGAGGAGUUCGCUUUUAUACACACAAUCCCUAAAGAAGAGAAACACCUCGUCAGUUUCGGUUUAUGUUCGGAGCUCUUCAGGUUUUAGGAAUGGAGCUUUAAUCUGCACAUAAGCUUAACAGUAUUUUGUUUGUUCGUUUUUGUUGUUGUUUUUUUGCCUGCCAAGAGGAUGGAUGCAGAGCGGCAGAUGAUACGCGAAAUAAGCAUUUCCCCCUGUGUUCAUAAAACUUGCUUGGGAGAUUAUUAUCACAUGUGAUUGCCGUGGAUCGUGAUCUAUUGAACAACGUUUGCACAAAGACGGACUACAUACAACUAUAUGCCCCAGUAAUACAAGCUCCAAGGACCGGGUGGCAGCUCAAGCUCUCCGACUAGUUUUUCAAUCACAUUUAACGUCUUCAAGAAGAAAGUAUUUUUACCCUGCACUCUGCAUUAAACAAAGAGCUUUUUACUCCUUAUGUGUCAUUUUAAAUUAAGAUCCCCACUAUCCCUACAUUUACAUGUCUCCUCGACUAUGCAACACUUUCAACGUGGCACUCUCCGGACGUGAAACCUUCAGUUUUCAGAGACAGAAUUAUAUUCUAUCGUUAAGAGUAUAUGAAAAUGUUAAAAAAAAAAAAUUGAAAAGGAAAGAAAACUAUCUUCAUGAAAAGAGGUAUUUUUGUUAAAUUGCCUAUGAAAACUCUCUUCCCUCAUCAUAUUCCCUUCCCAUGUGAUGGUGCCAUCUUUUUAAAUGUUAUCAGAGUUGUAUUAUAACAGAUCAAAAGUGUGUUUGAGAAAAAGUCUGGUUUUGAUUGAUGGUGUGUGACUGUAAAAGAAUGGAUUGCAGAUUUGAAAAAAAAAAAAGUAUCAAAAACUCUU